AUGUGGGAAAGGAUUGGAACGGAAUUAGAGAAAGUAAAUGUCGAGAGCCUUGGAUUUGAUCACCCAAUAUACUCCAGAGUACUUGAUAUUAAAUCAGAACCUUUCACAGAGAUGCCUGGAUCACUUUGCGAUGUUUUUAAGGAACCUUUCGAGAAAUAUAAGUUAAAUUAUAAUG